UAAAAAAUUGGGAGGAAAAAAUGGGGACUGGAAACGACACUAUUACCGAAAAGAGGAUAAAAUGAAUAGAAGUGAACAAAUGGAAAACAAUAUUGAAACAAAAAUUGUCUCAUCAGUCGAAAAUUGUUCUUCUAAUUCGACAUUUUUGACAAACUCUAAUGAACCAAUCAAAGAAAAUUUCGUAAAAAUUGGUGAUGAUCAGUUGGAAAGUAAAGAGUCGGCGGCGGAUAUCAAGAAGCCAGACAUUUUGGAAAAUGAAGUAAAGGCGGCGGUCAACAAUGAGUACAGCUGUAGUACUAGUGGAGGAUAUGCCAAUAAUGAAGAAAAGGAAAAAAUGGUGGAGGGCUCGUCCUCUUCAUUAAAUUGUCAACAAUAUAAUUUUGAGCAAAUCAUUCAAGAACAUAACUCACAACCAGAAUUAGAUUGGACUGUGGAAGCUGAAAAGAAAAUAAAUAAUAAAGAGGAAGAAAUAAUACAAAACGAUCUGAAACACUUGGAAAAGAUUGAAGAUCAAACAAAUAAUCAAAACACAAAAAUGAUACAAGAGCAAGCAAAUCCAAAGUCUAGUUAUAUGGGACGUACAAGUACAGGAAGUGUUGGACGUCAACAUCCGGUUAAUAGUAUUUGUAUGUGUUCUCGUUGUGUUGAACAACUUAACGAUUUGCAUUCUUCUCGAGGUUAUAAGAGUUCUGAGUCGCCUCAUUCUACGCACAGUGAGGGUUCUGCUGACAGCGGUCGUGCAACAGGUCCUUUAACGUCUUACAGCCCGUUUGCCGAUGAAUAUGGUCUUCAAACAGAAAUAUUGCCAAUUUAUGAAUUUGAAGUGGAAAAUACUCUUGUUGGAUUGAUUAUUGGAGUUAAAGGAAAGACUAUUAGGGAACUUUGUUGUCGUGCUGACGUCAGAAUGUUAAUAAGGCCUCACCAUACUCAAAGCAAAUACGAUACACAUCAAAUUUGUUCGGUGGAAGGACGUCGUGAAAAUAUCAACAAAUGUUUGCACAUGAUCCGUCUGCGAUUUCCUCCAUGUCGUUUUCCAGGACUUAAUUUGAAGCCAGUGCUUCCUCCACCACCAACUACUUCAGCUACUACACUUCGUGGAGCGCCUACUGCUCUUACUUUAACCGAAGGAUUGUUAAGUGAAGUUUAUAUUUCUGCCAAUGUUUCUGCUGGUCAUUUCUUUUUGCAGCUGCCAACGCAUUCUUCAUUUCCGUCUCUCACUGUUUUGGAUCAAUAUAUGCUUUCGGUAUAUACUCAACCUGGUGGUGCACCAGAUCUUCCAAAGCCGUGCAAUGCGCCAGCUUAUAAUGGAUGGUUUCGAGCGAUAACUUUGGCAUAUGAACCGGAACAAGAUGAGACAUUGGUACGUUUUGUUGAUUAUGGAGGAUUUGCGAGAUUGCCACGAGCUGAUUUGCGUCAAAUAAGGACUGAUUUUAUGACGUUACCGAUGCAAUCAAUUGAAUGUUAUUUGGGAAAUGUUCAACCUGCUGAAGCGAAUGGUCAAUGGCAUGAAAAGGCCAAUGAGUUGUUCCAGCAAUUGUGUGUUUCAAAAGUUAUUCAGGCAGCUUUAAUUGGUUAUAGUAGGCAGGAUGGAAUUCCUUUUGUUGAGUUAUAUGUUGUGGAUGAGAAUAAAAAGAGUAUUCGCAUCGAUCAUAUUUUAAUGGAGCUUGGGUAUGCGAAGCCAAUGGAUCCAUCAAUGAUUGAGCGUGUUGAUUUAUGA